CCAUUCAUUGCCGAAUGGAUUGCAGGCCAAUAUGUCGGACGUUUUUUCUUUCGGACAAGUGUUUCUUCGGUUGAAUUCCACACCCCCGACUCUCGAAAUGCAUAGGCAGGCUAAGCUGCGAGAGUAUGGCCUAAGCAAGAUCUUGGGCUUAACAGAGAUUAGGAUUCCUUCAGACAGCGUUGUGUCCAAUGCUAUUGCCAACUACUGUGUUUGAUACUGGUGUGUCAACACGUAUUCAGCGGCAGUGCGAAUGCAUAAAUUGAACGAAACGGUAUUAGAUACAUGGCAUGACCCGAAUCCCCCCCUCGAUGGUGCUGGGCCUGAAACACAAUUUUAUCUUCAACCGCCCGAGAAAGAUGACCUGACGCAACACGCCUUCAUUGUCAACAUAGAAGUUUCCAGAGAAAUUGGAUACUGGCUUGAGAGCAAGAUGAUAACAAGCAAUCUCUUACUGACAACUUGCUAUGGUGAUACAGCUGGUAUGAAUGAACCAAUGAGGGGCUCAAGCGAAUUCAUUCAGCCAAUGCUACGCCGCAAUUUGACGGAUGUCUUCAGAAGCCUUGCAAAUGGUGCAACCACUCGAGUACGCCAGCUGGACUGGUCUGCUCAGAAUUAUACGGGUCGCUCUUCUCCUCCUGCUGAAGGCAUCGGAGCAGCCAAUGGCACGUCGUUCAUGAUGGAAACCCAGAUCGACGUCAGGUGGGCAUGGAUUGUCCUUCCUUCCUUGCUACUCGUUAUAACUAUGCUUUUCACCGGAGUCACUAUCAGGAAAACGAAAAGGAUGGGCCUCGAAGCCUGGAAAUCUUCCCCAACAGCGCUGAUUUGCUCGGGUCUGAAUGAAGACAUCCAACAAGAGAUACGCACAGCCAAGAACCCAAUUGAUAUGGAGAAUUUGACUGCUGAUAUACCAGUGCAUCUUCGACAAUGCAAUACCGAUGCUCAUGGUGAUUACUGGAAGCUGGUAACUUCAUGAUUAUCAGACGCAAAGCCCCAUUAUUGUCACGUCACUGUCACGAUUGGCAAUGUCCUUUGUCAUCCCAUGUCAUUAACUAGCCAUCCUCAAACCACAAUCGUGUCUGUAUAAUGUCUUUGUGAGCUGAUCCAGAGAAAGAAUAAGCAU